UUCUUCGGAUAAACUUCUUCACCAACCUUAUCUCAAAUAUCAAUUUUCCUGAUCUCCUUCUAGCAAAAUCUAUCUCUGCACAAAUUUUAUUUCUUCGUUCUCAAUUUUCAAUCUGUGUCUCUUGAUUUUAUUUUUGAUUUAGAGUUUGGAAAAGAAAAAAAAAACUAAUGUUUACGGAAUUUCUAUGACACUGGCAAACCCUAUGCGUCGUAUCCGUCUUCAACACUCCUUCUCCGUCGCAUUCCUCUACUGGUUCUACGUGUUCUCAUGAAUUUCCUUUCACUUCCGUGAUCUCUUUUAUCUUUUCCCCCUAUUUUUCACAAUUUUUCUAACAUCUAAAUCUGCAUAAAACAAUUUCCCCAAUUUUUAUUCAAAUUCGAAAAUUGACAAAAAAGUAAUGGCUUCGAUUCAACGUCCGGUUAGUUCAGGAUCAUCCGACGGCGGAGAUCUGCUAAUUGACGAGAGGAAAAGAAAGAGGAUGCUAUCGAACCGCGAAUCUGCGAGACGAUCUCGAAUGAGGAAGCAGAAACAGAUCGAAGAUCUGACCGAAGAAUCCGGUAGGUUGCGAAGCGAUAACGACCGCCUUUCCCGGAGCAUAAAGGCGACGGAGGAGGCUUACGUGGAGAUGGAAGCUGCGAACAGCGUUAUUAGGGCGCAAACAAUGGAAUUGACGGAACGAUUGCGGUUUCUCAAUUCUGUUAUUGAAUUCGCUGAAGAUGUUGGUGGAUCAAUUCCUGUGAUUCCAGAUCCUCUUCUUAAUCCUUGGCAUAUAUAUCAUCCAAUUCAUCCUCUUAUGGCAUCACCUGAUAUGUUUCUGCAUUGAUCUUGUUUAUUUAGUCUGCGUUCUGCGUUUUAUUUCAUUAGGUCUUUGUAUUUUGUGGUUUUUGUUUAUUCUGCGUUUUAAUUUAAUUAGGCAAGUGUGAUUUGUAAUUUUUGUGGUUCGGUUUGUGUUCAAUGUUAUGUAAUUCUCUUUUUAUAUAUAAAAAAAGUAGUAUUUUAUUUGUCUAGUGUCAAUGGCAUACUCUUCGAUUGUUUUAUUUAAUGUAUUCAAUUUUUCUGUGCAAUGUGUAGUUCAUGUAUUUUUGGAUUAUAAAUCCCAAGAGGUUUUGUUUUUUAUGCUGCUG